UUUAAUCAACGAACUGGCCGUAUGGAACGCGUCGUUGAUCGAGAUACAUCUGAUGCCAGCUACCACAGUGCUACAUCCACCGCUAGUGGCACUAGCGCACGCAGCCAAGCUCUAAAUGCAUUACUUGCCACAGGCACAACUCCUUGCAUCGGAAUCUCUCCGGCCGCUGCGGCUGCUGUGCUUGCCGCUUCGAUGUCCGGUUUGGCUUCCUCUACCACUGGGGCAACUGGAGCUGUCUCUAGUUCUAAUAACCUGGCGAGUGUAGGUAGCGUAGCCGGCACAGUCAGUGGAAAUGGCGGAGCUGGCGAGACCUGCACUACAGCUGGAAAUGUUGGGUCUGCGGAGGCAGGAUUCUUAUUCUCUGAGCCUGGUUUCGGGCUUUCCCUAGGCUUGGCCGAGUUUGGUCUAGUCAACGAAUAUAAUCCACUUUUUCCUAACGACUUUGAGACCUUAUCUCGACUUAAAUGGGAACGCAGAAAGGCAGAGCAUUAA